AUGUCUGAGAAUUCUACUGCCAACCCUCCCGGUGAGGGAGCGCCCAACGGCGGUGCCUCCAACGCCAACAAGGACGAAUCAUGGAUCACGCGCCUGGUGGAUGUUUUGGUUCCUCGAUUCCAAACCGCGGGUGGCGAUUCGGCAAUGCAGACUGAUGUUGGCGGCAAGGCCAACGCAGAGGAGGGGCAGGAACCGACCAACAAUGGACCCGGAGAGGCGCCCGAUGAACCAUUUGCAGCGUUUGAGGAAACAGGACUUGUGCCUGAUGAUGAGGCGAUUCGUAUCCGCCCACCUCCGAAGCCGAUGUCGAGCUCAAUGUCAACCUCACCCGCCGUUUCCCGCAACAUACCCCCCAAAAAACGUACACCAAAGGCCCGGUCCAUCAAGCCUGUUGAUCUGCUGGCCAAGACCGCGAAUGGGGCCUCAGGCAGCACUCUGGGAGGCCAGAGCGACAUCACUGGCACCGCAGAUCUGAACCACAGUAGGAACACCAGCAACUCCGACACCCCAGACACUCACGAACCCACACUACCUUCUCCUGGCCGCGAGAGUAAUAGCAUACCAAGCAUCACAUUGACCCGUCCGUCCCCUGAGCCUUCUGCAGGCACCGACCCAACCGAGCAACCUCCACAUACUACCACGGAAGUCCUCUCCCCUGCUCCGACAUCAGUCACGGCUGCAUCUGACGCCACGGGCCCCGCUCAAACAGAAACAGUUCCUGUCCGCCAUUCGGACUCAGAGGCGGCCCUCGCUGCUCAAACAGACCUCACCAGUCACCCUGCUCAACCAGCUUCCAACUUGCAAGAACUUGCGGCUCCCGGCAACUCCCAGAUCGUGCCCUCAGAACCAACCGAUACAAUCGCAGGUGGCUGCAUUGUGGAUUGGACCGUCAGGGUUAUCAACCUGACCCGUAUGACGUGA